AGGAAGCGUGCUGAAGCACUUCCGGGUUACUUCCGCAUUGUGCCGCACCCGAGGAUUUUCCCCACGUGUAGUGUUUUGAGAGGCUGUGGUCUGAGAGAGAGUGAUGAAGGACGGUGUAGAAACUAGAGAUGUUGGAGUUCCAGAAAAGGAAAAAAAGAAAAAGAAGCUGAAAAAGGUAAAAGACGAGGAGACGGAAGAGAACAUCGACGAAGGCGCCGUGAGCAGCGGGAACGUUCCGGAAAAGGAGCAAAAGAAAAAGAAGGUGAAGAAAGUAAAAGGAGAAGCGAGUGAGGAGGCGAUAGAAACAAGGGAUGUUGGCGUUCCGGAUGGAAAGAAAAAGAUAAAGAAAGAAGUAAAGGAGGAAGAGAUGGUGGAGGAGGAGGAGGAUGCUGAGGAAACGAGGGACGGGAGCGUUCCAGGUGUUCCGAGUGUUUCUGUAAAACAGAAGAAGAAGAAAAACAAGAAGUCAGAGGAGGAAGAUGGAGGUGCGAGUAAUGGAGAAGGAGAAAAAAAGAAGAAGCAGGAAGUAACGGAGGAUAACAAAGAGACAGAGGGUGGAGCGAAGUCACAAAAAGGCUUAAAGAGGAAAAAAGCAAAAAGAGACGUUUGUGGAGAAAGCGAGAGGACGGACAUCUGUGGAGGUGAAGAGUCACAAAAAUCAGCGAAGAAGAAAAGGAAGGAAAAGAGCGAAGGUGGAGAAGAAGAAGACGGGGAGACUGCAGACCUGGAGGUGGAGAGAAAGAAGAAGAAGAAAAAGAAGAAAGCCGCAGAAGGAGAAAGAGAAGAGCAGCAGAGAGAAACUGAAGAGGAGGAACUGACGACGAUGAAGAAAAAGAAGAAGAAAAAGAAGGAAUGUGGAGAGGGUGAAGAACACAAGAAAAGGAAGAUGACAGAGGAGAACUCUGGAUCUGCACAAGAGCAGGAGAAGGAAGGAGAAAAGACAACGAUGAGGAAGAAGGAGGGAAAAAGCACAGACAGACUCGUGGAGGAAGAAACGCAGAAGAAACAGAAGAAGACAACGGGAGAUGCUGAAGAUGACGGGAAUCAACCUGGGCAGAAAAAAAAGCAGAAAAAGCAAAAGGAUGAAGAAACGGCAGAGAGGAAGGUGAAGGAGGAGGAGAGAGAGCUGGGGGAGGGCAGGGCAAAGGAUAACAACGCGACCAGCAGCGUGCAGUUCAUUUCUGCGAGGCUGGGAAACCAAGACGAGGUUUCUAUCGACCUGGAGCGGAGGUUUGCUUUGCAAAAGGACGUCGAUAAAGAAUCCCAACCCAAAUCGAAUUUCGGUCAGUGGGACACGGCGCAGUUCAACAGCUCAGAACGACAGCUGAAGUUCCUCCGACUGAUGGGCGGGUUAAAGAAGGGCAACCAGCCAAGCGGACAGGGCCCCGCCCGCUUCAACAUGGCUCUGGGAAAGGAGGGCCAGCAGACGCUCGAGCAAGGCCUUCUGGGACAGUUCGAGCGAGCACAGAACCGACGAAUGGACUUCCAGAACAGAGGGGCGGGGCUUGGUUUCUCCGCGCCGCCUGAUAAGUUUCAUAUCGACGCUGAAGCUCAGAGUCAGAACUCAACACAGUUCGAUGACUGAUGUGGUAAAGGAUACGAGUGGAAUGGAAUCUGCUGUGUUGCCGCCCUGCUGGAGAAAAACUGAACUGCUCCAAGGUUGUGACGACAAAUGUGUCCAGCAUUUUUUCUACCAUCGUGGUUCCUUCGAGUAAUUUAUGCAACCGAAAGAUCAAAGCCCCAAACCUGUACCGAGUCGCGGCUGGGAUUUUAUGCUCUGUUUAAUUAAUUGUUGAUAAAAAUAUGUGUCUCUAACUCAAGUUUAAAGAAUGACAGAAAACUUGUUUUUAUUCACUUUUCAGACUGCUGUAAAUACACGACCUCUGUAUGGACAGAAAUGAAACCAUUUAGGGAAGAAAAACAAAAAAAAGUAGGAAGACUUCUUCAGAAUAAAAGUCAUGGCUGAAAAUUAAAGAAAAA